UAUUUCUCAGGCCAUUUGUGACUGUUUCGUUAUACACGCGGCUCUGUAAGGAUUUCAAUCAAUUAUAACGUUUUUUUUAAUUAAUAAAACGCAAUUAUCAAGUGUAAUAAACAAUCGUAAGUCAAAAUGUCAACAAUGGCGAGUCCUUUAGUAGUUGGAGGUGUUCGACAAUCCGGAGCUCCGGUUAGAACUCAAAAUGUCAUGGCAUGUUCUGCAAUUUCCAACAUUGUCAAGAGUUCCUUGGGACCCGUUGGUCUCGAUAAAAUGAUGGUUGACGAUAUUGGGGAUGUUACCGUAACAAACGAUGGAGCAACAAUUUUACGUCUUUUGGAUGUUGAACAUCCGGCUGCCCGUGUUUUAGUCGAAUUGGCUCAACUUCAAGACGAGGAAGUUGGAGACGGCACAACAUCAGUCGUAAUUAUUGCAGCUGAAUUGUUGAAAAAUGCUGACGAGCUCGUGAAACAAAAAAUCCAUCCCACGUCUGUUAUCAGUGGUUACAGACUAGCGUGCAAAGAAGCGUGUAAGUACAUUAUGGAACAUUUGACAAUUAGUUCUGACGAGCUUGGCAGAGAUUGUCUCGUAAACGUUGCAAAAACUUCCAUGUCCAGCAAAAUCAUCGGAGCAGACGCGAACUUCUUUGGCAAUAUGGUUGUGGACGCUGCGAAUGCGGUGAAAAUAAACGAUGGCAAAGGUGGGCAUAUUUAUCCGAUAAAAGCCGUGAAUGUAUUGAAGGCACAUGGAAAAAGUGUUCGAGAAUCACUUUUCGUGAAUGGUUACGCGCUUAAUUGCACAGUCGCUUCACAAGCAAUGCCGAAGAAAAUUGUGAAUGCAAAAAUUGCCUGCUUGGACUUUGGUUUUCAAAAGGCUAAAAUGAAAAUGGGCGUUGAGGUUCUUAUCACUGAUCCUGAAAAAUUGGAGGCCGUUCGUCAGCGUGAACUCGACAUCACCAAGGAGCGCGUUCAUAAAAUUAUUAAUGCCGGCGCAAAUGUUGUUUUUUUGAGCGGUGGAAUUGACGAUCUUUGCCUUAAGUAUUUCGUCGAGGCUGGCGCAAUGGCGGUGCGACGUUGCAAGAAAUCCGAUAUGAAGCGAAUUGCAAAAGCAACUGGCGCUCAAUUUUUGACAUCAUUGACAAACAUGGAGGGCGAGGAGACAUUCGAAGCAAGUUCCCUCGGCGAAGCUGCCGAAGUCGUUCAGGAAUUGGUCUGCGAUGAUGAACUCAUUCUCGUUAAAGGACCGAAAGCAAGAACAGCGGCUUCUAUUAUUUUGCGUGGACCAAAUGAUUUCUACUGCGACGAAAUGGAAAGAUCAGUUCACGAUGCUUUGUGUGUCGUUAAACGUGUUAUGGAAAGCAAGAACGUCGUCGCCGGAGGUGGUUGCGUCGAAGCUGCUCUUUCAAUUUAUUUGGAAAACUUUGCCACUUCUUUGAGUUCAAGGGAGCAGCUCGCAAUUGCUGAAUUCGCUCGUUCAUUGCUCGUUAUUCCAAAAACAUUGUCAGUGAACGCAGCACAGGACGCGACUGAUCUCGUCGCAAAAUUACGAGCUUAUCACAAUUCCAGUCAGACAAAAGUCGAUCACGCUCAUCUUAAAUGGAUCGGACUCGAUUUAGUGGAAGGCACCGUGAGGGAUAACAAAAAAGCCGGUGUAUUCGAGCCAGCAAUAUCGAAAAUAAAAUCCCUCAAAUUCGCCACCGAGGCGGCAAUUACAAUUCUCCGAAUUGACGAUAUGAUCAAACUCGAUCCGGAUCGUUCGAAAGAUAAAUCCUAUCAAGAUGCAAUGGCCGCCGGAGAAUUAGAGGAUUGAGUUCUAAUUAUAUUCCAUACGUUUACAUUUCGCAACAAAAAAAAAACUUUACUAUUUUUUAUGAAUCACGUGAUAAUUGUUUUUUUUAUUACGAGAAUCUGUCACGAAUAAUUGACACUUAAAAACGUAAUUUAUAUUCAUUAUCAAACAAAUUAAUCAUCGCACUCGAUUUUCUGCUUUCUUGAGAAUAAAAAAAAUGUAUUAAUUUUUUAAUCGUCGAAUAAAGCUUUCUUAUUCUAAAAAA